UCCCGUGCAGGUCGGCGGGGGCAUCCGCAGCGUCGAUACCGCUUCCGGCCUGUUCGAGGCGGGCGCGGCGCGAGUGGUUGUGGGCACGGCGGCGGUCUCGAACCCCAAGCUGGUGGAGGACUUGUGCCAGCGUUUUGGCCCCGACCGGGUCGUGGUGGCGCUGGAUGCCCGCGACGGGUUGGUCGCCAUCCAUGGCUGGACGGAAACUUCCAACGUAACCGCCACGGACCUCGCCGGCCAGAUGCCAGGUUGGGGGUAGAGCGCCUGCUGUACACCGAUAUUUCGAGAGACGGCACGCUGGAGGAGCCGAACUACGCGGCUACCGCUGCCCUGGUCGAAGAUAGCGGACUGAAAGUCUUGUCGGCGGGCGGCGUUGGCGCGGCGGAACACGUAGCGAAACUGGUCCCCACGGGCGCCGAGGCAGCGAUAAUCGGACGCGCGUUGUACACGGGAGACAUCACCAUCGGAGACGCGUUGGCCGCGGCCCGGGGGUAA